AUGUGGACGGAUGUUCCUGUGACGAUGUGCCACACUCCCAGUCACACUCCCAGUCACCCCCCCAGUCACACCCCCAGUCACCCCCAGUCACACUCCCAGUCACCCCCCAGUCACACUCCCAGUCACCCCCAGUCACACCCCAGUCACCCCCAGUCACACCCCAGUCACACCCCAGUCACACCCCAGUCACACCCCCAGUCACCCCCAGUCACACUCCCAGUCACCCCCAGUCACACCCCAGUCACACUCCCAGUCACCCCCCAGUCACACCCCAGUCACACCCCCAGUCACACCCCAGUCACACUCCCAGUCACACUCCCAGUCACACUCCCAGUCACCCCCCCCAGUCACACUCCCAGUCACACUCCCAGUCACCCCCAGUCACACCCCAGUCACACUCCCAGUCACCCCCAGUCACACCCCAGUCACACCCCCAGUCACACUCUCAGUCACCCCCAGUCACACCCCAGUCACACCCCAGUCACACUCCCAGUCACCCCCAGUCACACCCCCAGUCACACUCCCAGUCACCCCCCCAGUCACACCCCAGUCACACCCCAGUCACACUCCCAGUCACCCCCAGUCACACCCCAGUCACACUCCCAGUCACCCCCAGUCACACUCCCAGUCACACCCCAGUCACACUCCCAGUCACCCCCCAGUCACACUCCCAGUCACACCCCAGUCACACUCCCCAGUCACAGUCACACUCCCAGUCACCCCCCCAGUCACAGUCACACUCCCAGUCACCCCCCAGUCACCUCCCCAGUCACACUCCCAGUCACAAGACCCCAAACUCCUAUGUUGAGGACAGUUGUUGGGACAAAGACCUUCCGGGUUGAGCCGUUCUGCAGGUUCAGAACUCAGGAGCAGAAGUCUCCUUCGUACCUUCACUGGGAGUCGACACGUCUGCACAGGGAAGCCAACGUCUCUUGGCGAAGCACCGGAUCGGAUCAGGUGGGUCUCGGGCUUUGA